AUGGUAGUCGAGGAGCGCAAACAGAUUAUUGUCUUCGGAGACUUGACCUGUGACUCGGUCGCGGGUCUCCGAGCCCUGACCACUAUUAAAGACAAUCCUCUGUUGAUCUCUUUUUUCGAAAGAGUUACAUCAGUUCUUCGAGAGGAGAUCGGCCUGCUUCCGUUUUCGUCGCGCCAACGAUUCAUCCGUUUUACGACAUUCGAGGAGCUUCUCGCCAGAGUCCAGCGAUCAACUGGUCCGCAUCCUGCCCUUGAGAAAGCUUUAGCGUGUGCCUAUCAACUGGCAUGCUUUAUCAGGCAAUACACAUCGCCUGGCCAAAAGUAUCCCUCGGCUCAUCAGACCUCUCUCGUUGGACUCUGUACUGGCCUUCUCAGUGCAGCGGCUGUGGGGUGCUGCGAAAGCAUCACGGACCUCCUCCCCCUGGCAACACACACUGUAUUGAUCGCGUUUCGCACGGGUUUAUUUGUUGCCGAUGUGCGUGACAGACUUGAGCCGCAGACUGGGCCACCCGUGGCAUGGAGUGUCCUGAUCCCCGGCUUAGAGGGUGACACAGCUGUUUCGACCUUGAAGAGGUAUAGUGAGAAGAGGGGCCUUCCUGCAACGUCAGCUCCAUACAUCAGCACAUAUGCCAAUGCAGGAGUUACUCUGAGUGGCCCACCGAGCGCACUUAAUGACCUUCUUGACUCAGGCUGCUUCCCAAAGAGUCGGUCUUUGACUAUUCCUAUAUACGCCCCAUACCACGCUUCUCACCUCUAUGGACAGAAGGAUAUAAAUAGCAUCAACCGAAAAGCUCUUACGACCCAAUUUACAUCAUACGAGUGUCAAUUCAGCGUGUUGUCCUCCAUCACUGGACAAAGAAUUGAGGCCGAUACAUACGGAGCAUUGAUUGGUCAUGCCUUGGUAGAAAUUCUCCGGGAACCACUUCGAUUGGACCGGAUUGUCUCCUCACUAGGCGAGGCCCUACUAUCAGAUUCAUCCGCACAAGGCUGCACAAUCCUUCCCAUCGCAACACUAGUUGGGCAAAGUUUUGCUACUGCACUCCGAAAGUACGGUGUCCCGGAUAUAACUGUGGACCCCUGCAUGAACUCCAGUAUUGCCGUGCGAGAUGAUAGAACGUCUACCACUGGACAUCUAGGACACUCUAAACUAGCUAUUAUCGGAUACUCUGGCCGGUUUCCUGAUGCUAACAAUAACGAGGAGUUCUGGGAACUCCUUCAUGAAGGCCGCGACGUGGCUAGCAUAACACCUAGUAAUCGCUGGGAUGUCAAGACCCAUGUGGAUCCGAGUCUCAAAAAGAAGAAUACUAUGGGCACGCCGUAUGGAUGCUGGCUGAAGGAACCUGGCCUCUUUGAUGCCAAGUUCUUUGCUCUAAGUCCUAGAGAAGCACCACAGGUUGACCCUGCGCAACGUCUCGCUCUUAUGACCGCGUACGAGGCAAUGGAGUUCGCCGGAUUCGUGCCCGACUCAACACCAUCUAGUCAAUCCGAUCGCAUUGGGGUUUUCUAUGGUACGACAAGCAACGACUGGGGUGAGACGAAUAGCUCACAAAAUGUUGAUACCUAUUACAUUCCUGGAUCCUGCCGAGCCUUCAUCCCAGGACGCCAAAACUUCUUCUACAAAUUCAGCGGCCCAAGCUACAGUGUUGACACAGCUUGCUCCUCAGGGCUAGCUGCCCUCCAUCUUGCCUGCAACUCGCUUCUCAAAGGCGACAUCGACACAGCCAUUUGCGGCGGCACAAACGUUCUUACCAACCCCGAUAUUACCGCCGGUCUUGACCGUGGACAUUUCCUCUCUCGAACAGGGAAUUGCAAGACGUUCGACGACGAUGCAGAUGGAUAUUGUCGCGGAGAGGGCGUAUGCACAAUGGUCAUUAAACGGUUGGAAGAUGCUAAGGCGGACAAUGAUCCGAUCAUCGCUCUGAUUCUUGGUGCAUAUACUAACCACUCCGCUGAGGCGGAGAGUAUUACUCGACCGCACAUUGGCGCGCAGAAGGCAAUCUUCGAGAAGGUCCUCACUUCGGCUGGUGUUGACCCUUAUAGCGUGGGAUAUGUGGAGAUGCAUGGUACUGGGACUCAGGCUGGCGAUGCCAGGGAGAUGAAAUCUGUUCUGUCCAUCUUUGCACCCGAGACUGAAAGGCAACGUUCUGAUGCCGAGAGGUUGUUCUUGGGCUCUGCGAAGGCUAAUGUUGGCCAUGGGGAGUCUGUCUCUGGGCCUAUUGCUAUGAUCAAGUCGCUUAUGAUGUUGGAACGGAACGAAAUCCCCCCUCAUUGCGGGAUCAAGACGAAGAUCAACAGUGGCUUCCCGACGGAUCUCACGGAGCGCAAUGUGCACAUCGCUAAGAAGCCGAUUCCCUGGGAAAGACCGAAAGGAGGUGUUCGCCGAAUCAUGAUUAACAACUUCUCCGCCGCCGGUGGCAAUAGCUCUGUGUUGAUCGAAGAUGCACCAGUCCUUCAGCCGAAAAGCACGGAGACUGAUCCUCGUUCCACCCAUGUCGUAGCUGUCAGUGCCAAGUCGAGUACUGCGUUGGUAGCCAACAUCAAGUCUCUACUCUCAUACAUAACCACUACAAAGCCUGCACUCACUAAUCUAUCUUACACUACCACCGCUCGACGCAUUCAUCACCCAUUUAGGAUCAUGGUAAGUGGCUCAGACCUGCCCGAGAUUCAGGCUUUGCUGGAGAACAAGCUCGGUUCUCCCACAGUCCAGAACCGAACCACAACCACGCAGCGUGUCGCAUUCGCCUUCACUGGCCAGGGAUCGCAGUACAGUGGCAUGGGCGAACGCCUACUGCAUUUCGGCACCUUCCGCAGCGACAUCGAGCGAUUUGACGGUAUCGUAGGAACCCUCGGUUUCCCUUCCUUUUUGCCGUUGCUGGAUGUGGGAAAUGCGGAUAUUUCCGAGCUUCCUCCUCUGGUCGUCCAGGUUGGAACAGUAUGUAUCCAGAUAGCCAUGGCGCGUCUGUGGCGAUCUUGGGGAGUUGAGCCCUGUGCCGUGGUCGGCCAUAGUCUUGGUGAAUAUGCAGCACUGAAUAUCGCUGGUGUACUUUCCGAAGCAGAUACGAUCUUCUUGGCUGGGAGACGGGCGCAACUGUUGCAGGAGGACAUUUCCGCGAACACCCAUGCCAUGCUUGCUAUCGGCACCAGCGUGGAGGAAGUGAGGUCGCUGUGUGACGGUCUGGAAUACGAUAUUGCGUGCAUCAACACACCAAGAGAGACAGUCUUGAGUGGUACAAACGAGCAGAUUGACCGGAUACUCGAUGUGUUAUCUUCUAAAAACCUCAAGAAGACCAGACUCCGUGUUCCAUUUGCCUUCCAUUCCUCCCAGAUGCAGCCCGUUCUUCAGAAGUUCAAAGCCGCUGCGUGGGGAGUUAAAUUCCACGAGCCAAAGAUCCCCUUAAUUUCGCCUCUGCUUGGAGAAGUGCUCAAGUCGAAGGAACCAUUCGGACCGGAAUAUCUGGCUCGCCACUGUAGAGAAACUGUCAACUUUACCGCUGCACUAGAUAACGCAAAGGUGGAUGGGGUCAUCAGCAGCGCGAUGUGGGUCGAGAUAGGUAGUCAUCCCGUUGUGUCUGGAUUACUGAGGAACAAUCUCGACUCCACACUCAAAAGCGUUCCAACUCUGCAGCGCAACAAGGACACCUGGAAGGUACUCACCACCAGUCUCUCUGCCUUGUACGAGUCCGGUGUAGACAUCAGAUGGUCAGAAUACCACCGUGACUUCGUCCAAGCCCUUUCUGUCCUCCGCCUCCCAUCAUAUAACUGGGACCUGAAGGAAUACUGGAUGCAGUAUGUCAACGACUGGUCCUUGUACAAAGGAGAUGCGCAGUUCCUCAACGGGGCACCUGGGCUAUCGACUACGUGCGUUCAUAAACUCGUGGAAGAGAAGAAGGACGGGAGCAAAAUCACCGUUGUGGGUGAGGUUGAUGUCCUCCGCGACGAUGUGGACCCGUUCGUGCGUGGCCAUCGCGUCAAUAAUCUGCCUCUUGUCACUCCAUCCGUGUAUGCUGAAAUGGCACUCGUGAUUGGCGAAUACCUCCGUAAGCAGCAGAACAAGCUUUCUGGGGCCCUGGUGGAUUUGCAACAUAUGGAUGUACAACGACCGUUCGCCACCAAGAGUAAGGGGAAAGGGCCCCAACUUUUGCAAUGUCAUGUCGUACUUGACUGCGGGACCUUCAAGGGAUCUGUGGAGUUUUGGAGUGUCACUCCAGAAGGAAAGAAGCUAGUUAGACAUGCAAUCGCUAGCAUCACAUACCCGGAUGCGAAGUCCGCCCAGACGGAGGUCCAGCAGCGUGCCGAGAGCAUUCUGAAGGAAAUGGAGGACAUGGCUGCAAGAGUCAAUACCGACGACCGGGUGCAAAAGUUCACCGGUAAGACCGGAUACAACUUGGUAUCAUCACUCGCCUCUUACGACCCCGAGUAUAUGGGUGUUUCUUCGGUCCUCCUGGACAGUGCCCGGUUGGAAGCUGUGGCGACUGUCAAAUUCAACGAUCCGCGAGCAGACGGGGUGUACCAUGUUAACCCGUACCUGAUCGAUAAUCUUGGACAACCAGCUCUCUUCGUUAUGAAUGCUAACGACCAAGCGGAUCUCAGCAAAGAGGUGUUCGUCAACCACGGGUGGAAGUCCCUGCACUUCUACAAGCCGCUGUCUAUCAAAAAUACCUACAGAUCCCAUGUUCGGAUGAGUGGGCCCGACGCCGAUGGCCUGUAUGGCGGAGACAUGGUUGUCUUUGAAGGUAAAGAAGUGGUCGCCGUGUACAAGGGUGUAAAAGCACAAGGAGUCCCGCGAAGACUCAUGGAUUAUAUCGUCCAUAUGCGAGACGACUCAAAGGCCGGUGCUCCCACUGGGGGAACUCUCAAUGCUGGCAAUAGCGCUGCACCAAGCUCAGCAGCGGAUUCAUCAGCCCAGAUUGUCAGUACAGCCACCGGCUCAGAUAACUGGCAAGCGGCACUCAAGAUAAUAUCCGAGGAGAGUGGUGUUCCGAUCUCCGAACUGUCACCCGAAGCAGCAUUCGACGAUCUCGGCGUGGACUCGCUUCUCGCCUUGCUUUGCGCCAGCCGAUUCCGCGAGGAACUUGGCCUGCAUUACGAGUCAUCGAUAUUCCUGGAUCACCCGACCAUCAAGGAGCUAGAGGCAUUCUGGAAACAAGGAGCACCUGAAACCGGAACAGUGACUGUGAGCGGCCGCGACGCUGUCCUGGACUCCAUGUUUGCCGAAGCGCAAGCAGAGGUAGACCAAGACAAGAGCGGUAGCGACGAGGACAGAUCAUCACUAGGCACGAGCUCGUACGAACUAAUCAAUGCCAACACAACAGAAACCACGCCGGAGAUAAGCAAUACGUCUUCACCCAAGGUCUCCGCAACGUCGCUUCUCCUGCAGGGCAACCCAGCUCUGCCCUCGACUGUCAAGACUCUAUUCAUGCUCCCUGAUGGCUCGGGAUCAUGUUCCUCCUACGCAGGGCUUCCGCGUAUACACCCAUCCAUAGCUGUCGUGGGUAUCAACUGUCCAUUCAUGAAAACCCCAGAGUCCUACACCUGCGGAAUCGACGAGGUCACACAGAUGUACAUAACCGAGAUCCGGCGGCGCCAGCCUCAUGGACCGUACGCGCUGGGUGGAUGGUCCGUGGGUGGUAUAUUCUCCUACCAUAUCGCGCAACGACUCGCCGCACAAGGUGAGCAAGUGAGCGAGUUGAUUCUAAUCGACUGCCCAGUCCCCCAGGGUCUUGACCAUCUCCCACGUCGAUACUACGAAUACUGUGAUACAAUCGGACUACUCGGCGACGUGAACGGAGUCAAAAGGGAUCCACCACCCUGGCUGAUCUCCCAUUUCGAGGCUUGCGUCAACAGUUUGCAUACAUACCACGCAACACCAUUCAUGUCCGAUGAUGUGCCCCGUACACAAAUCAUCUGGGCCUGCGAUGCUAUCGACCAACACUGCGAACCGAAGUUCGAGCGUAGACCAGAUGACCCAGAGGGAUUGAAGUUCCUCACGGCGACAAGAACUGACUUUGGCCCUUGUGGCUGGGAAACUCUUCUGCCAGAGGAGGAUAUAACCCUGGAUAGCAUGACAGGGGCAAAUCAUUUCAGUAUGAUGAAGGGGGAAUUUGCGAAACGUUUGAGUGAGAUGAUUGAGGGAUUUCUGAUGAUUGGAAAUUGA